AGCCGGCCAUGGACUUUGACGUGGGGUCCCGUGCGAAGAAGCUCGCCAAGGAGCAGGAGGCCCGGCGCGAGGCCGCGCGCAAGAAGCUGCAGAAGGAGCGCGAGUGGAAGGAGCAGGCCGAGAAGCUCCGCGUCGAGAUGGAGCUCGAGAGCCAGCGGCGCAAGGCCGAACAGCUCCAGCGCGAGCUCGAGGAGGAAGAGCGGCGCCUCGAAGACGAGCGCGUUACCGGUGGCAUCGCCUACAAGCAGACGCUCCGCGCCGUGGCCAUCGACAAUGACGGCGACAAGAUCACAUUGCCCGUCUCCGCGCUCGAAGCGCUCAAUCCGCAGAACGCGCUCGACAUGGGCGUGCUCUCCUUUGAGCUCACACACUUGAGCGCCACGACACACGCGAGCGUCCUCGAGUUUGUGGCCGACGAAGGCACCAUCGGUAUUCCGCCCAAGAUUGCCAAGUCGCUCGACCUGCUUACGCACGACAGCGUGCACAUUGGUGUUCGUUUUGUCCGUCUCGCCCGAGGCCGCUUUGUACAGCUCCAGCCGCUCGGCGACGGGUUCGGCGACCGCCAGCUCGAUCUCAAGGCACUGCUCGAGCGCACGCUCCAGAACCACACAACCAUCACGCAAGGCGACAUCCUCCUCGUCCGGCAAGGCGGUGUGACCUUUGACAUUGCCGUGCGUCAAGUGCUGCCCGAGCCACAAGUCCAGAUUUUAAACGUCGACCUCGAAGUCGACGUCUUGCCGAGCGAAGCUGUCGACGCUGCAAGGCGUGCCGCCGAGGAGGCAGCGCUGGCCACCGCCCGCGCCGAAGCGCAUCAAAAGGCCAAGGCGGAGCGCUUGCAGGCAAUUCAAGCCGACGCUGCCGGCCGGGUGCCCGACGAGCCGCCGACCGAGAUGCCUCGCAUCAAGAUCGUUGUCCGGCUCCCCAGCGGAAGCCCCGCGACUCGUUUUUUUGCACCUAACGCGGCGCUCCAAGGGAUCUUCGACAUGGUCAUUGCGGCCACCGGCCUCGAGCACUUUCAACUCGUGGCCAACUACCCGCGACGUGUGUUUACACGGCUGCAAGCAAGCGAGUCGCUGGCGAGUGUCGGUCUCUCGGGCCGGCAAGAAGCGCUUUUCAUCGAAGCCACCACGCCACCAAGCGAUAUCGUGGCCGACACCUUGGUCGAGGACGUCGACAUGCGGACCGUCGAUGGGCCCACCGAGAUGGCGGCGACGUGGCGAGCGGCCUUGGACCGCUGGGCAGCCGCACAAGACGCGGCUCUGCAUGCGCCGACCGAUACAGUGCACGGUCUGGAGCCCGUGGCGUCGCCGGGGGAGGGCCCGCAUCUCUGGGACACGCAGCUGGCCGAGCUCGCUGCCAUGGGCUUUACCAACACGGCACUCAACAUUCAAAUUCUUGAGAAAUACCAAGGACGGCUACUACGGGUCGUCAACUACCUCUCGGAGCUACACGACUAAAUCCAGUGUCAU